GCAAGGGUUCAAAAAUACCACCCAAAAACACUUUUGAAAUCCUUUUUAAAGGUAAUAGUUUUUUUCACUUCCAACUAAUAGAUAUAUAUAGAGAGAGCGCGCGCGAUCUCUCUCUCUAUAUAUAGAGAUCCAAACAUCCAUAAGUAUAUUGAAAAUAUGGCUUUAACGACGCGUAUCGUGAAGGAAACCGAAAAGCUCCAGCGUGAGUGCCCACCCGGCAUCUCAGCAGCCCCGAUGCGCGAUAACCCCCGCUAUUUCAAGGUGAUCAUCCGAGGCCCCCCCCAAAGCUGCUAUGAAGGGGGUACUUUCCAUCUGGAACUUUUCCUCCCGGAGGAUUAUCCGAUGGUGCCGCCCAAAGUUCGCUUUCUGACGAAGAUAUACCACCCGAAUGUGGAUAAGAUUGGCCGGAUUUGUUUGGAUAUCAUCAAGGAUAAGUGGUCGCCCGCGCUGCUGAUUAAUAAAGUGCUCCUGUCGAUUCAGAUCCUCAUGAGCAGCCCCAACCCGGAUGAUCCGUUAGCCAACGAUGUCGCCGACCACUGGAAGCGAAAUGAGGCGGACGCGUUAGAAACGGCGCGAGAGUGGACGCGGCUUUAUGCUCAAAAAUAACUACUUUAAGGUUUGUUUUAGGGUUGUUGUUUUUUGCCCUAGUUUGUAUAUAUUGGAUUGUCAAUGUAUUGUUGUUGUUGGUGGUGGUGGUGGUUUUCACAUUUAUUGAGUACGAGCUGAUUUUAAAUACUUUCUUUUUUGUAGCGACACAACUCAAGUGUAUUUAUUUUGUGUGAUAAAGGAAAUAAAGUGUGGGAUCUUUUAUUAUAAUGUUUACCGUUAGGGAAAUGAAUCGGGAAGUGAAACCGAUUCGUACCUCAGUAAGGCACUAAUAAUAAUAAUACGUAAAAUAAUGCAUGAAUUGAGACUAAGAUAUUUUCAUACUUUGGUGAUCAUAUCCUGUGCAGUGGGCGUUGGGGAUUAAGUUCUAAA